AAAUACUCGAUGGUGCAUUGGGAUCUAGCAGUAAGAUUUGAAUACCCCUUCAAAGAUGGUCACUUGUUUCUCUUUUAAGUUUGUUAUUUUCGCAAUUCUUGCGGAAAUAACUUCAUCGAAAUCAUCAAUCAUUCCGGUUCACGAAGUUGAAUAUGCACCAAUUACCACAAAAAUCGUUGAUCCAAACUACGAUACUCACCCACAAUAUUCAUUUUCGUAUGGAGUUGACGACGUUGUCACUGGAGAUUCGAAAAGUCAAACAGAAACGAGACAUGGUGAUGUUGUAACUGGUCAAUAUUCCUUGAUAGAGCCUGAUGGUACAAGAAGGACCGUUGAUUACACAGCCGAUCCAAUUCAUGGAUUUAAUGCUGUUGUAAGGAAGACGCCGAUUGUUGGAAAAGUUGUGGCUGUCCCAAAACAAGUUGUUUCACCCAACAUUCUUACGAAGGCUUUGGUUGGACCUGUUAGUUACGAUGGGCACAUUUUUGCAAAAUUUCCUUUUGCUUAUGGAGUUCCAAUCAAGACAUUAAUACCUUAUCAUGAUGCGAUAGCGUAUUCUAAGUUGCAUUAUUAAAGUUUGAAAUGUUAAUUUAACUAAAAGGAAAUGUUUUUGGCAAUAUAAAAUAUAAAUUCAAUAAACUCUU